AUGGCUUCUCCUUGUUCUCUUCUUAUUAUAGCUGACGUGGUUAGACUCCUUUUUAGUUUAAAUACUCAGCAAAUAAUUCUGAGGAAAAUCAAACAUCCGAUUCAAGUAUUAACAAUAACAACGAAUCAUGUCAUCGCCAAUAUUAUUCUUUGCACUGGUAAUCAUAUUACUAGUAUUGGAGCAGCACCGCAGUCUCCCAAUGGAGGAGGAGAGGGUAGCCACUCCAAUGAUCACAAUCAUCAACAAAAAAGGAAAGUUGCUAGUCCAUUAAUAAAACAGGGCCAUGAACACAAACAAUACCAACACAACCAACGACAAAUAUAUUGUGGCAAAGAUGUCGUUGCCUAUGCUCAAUUAACCAGUAAUGAAAAUCAACUCGGCAAUACCAUCCUUUCAUUUGAAAAUGUUAAAGGAUCAGAACGUAUAACAGUUACUGGCUGUAAUCAAACGAAAAUUCGAGUUGAAGAAAGUGGAGUCUACUUUGGUGUAUGGACUACACAACUGGGAUUGACCUGCAGCACCGGUGAAGUAUUCUCCUACGUACGUGUCAAUGGAAAAGAUACUGUCUUCUCUAACUCUGGUCAAACACAAAGUCGAGGACAAACAUCUCUGCUUGUUCCACAAUUAGUUCAACGUUUUCAUCGAAAUGAUAUUCUGCAAGUUGUACAGUACACAAUUGAUACGGAUGGAGAAACUGGUGCAUUGGCCUUGCAAUCGAAGGAUGAACCUCGUGCACCAUCUGUCCUCUUCUCAGCGAUCCGUGUCAGCAGCGAUGGGCCGUAUGCGCAGUUAGUCGGUUCACAAAUUGAAUAUGGUACAAGUGGAAGUGUCAUUCCAUACGAUGAUUUUCAAGAUAAGAAGUCUGUACAUCGAAUUCGUCUCAGUGCAGAGAAUACAUGUAACAAUGGAGUGAUUGAAUAUGAAGAAGAUGGUCUUUACUACAUUCAAACGUCUCUAUAA